AUGGCAAUGCUUAUCGAAAUUCUAUGUCUUCUGUUACACUUAUUUAGCCUCUUCUUUCUGAGUGAUCGAAAUGAGACACCUAAAGUCGAUAGCAUACGUCCAAUUGCAAUUUUGAAGACCUCGACGACUUUCGAGAUAGGUCAACUAAGUCGUUUCCUAUUGAAUGAAGGAAAAGAUGCGGCUAUAGUCGACUGCUUUCACAAAGAAUCAAAAUUUGAGGCGGCGGGAUCCAUUCAAAGUGAUGAGAAUGACUGUCUCGCGGAUAUCAAAAACUCGAAAGUGACUAACUCGGUAAAGAAUGAAGAGGAAUUGAUCCUCGAUUUCUACAGCUGUCUUUUCAGGGCUGAGCUUUCUUACCUUCGUAAUGCGAGGACAUUACAAGCUCCAUCUAAGAUCAGUUUGGCUGGCGUUGAGAACUCAAUCCCAUUUACGUCGAGGGCCGCUUGUUUGGUGAUAGGACUUGCCUUUUUGACAUGGACACUGUCGUCGGUAAGACGCUUCGAGCAAUUGGACACAAGAAAUGUCUUAUCAAGGCUUCGUAUUUUAGCAAAUCUGAGCUUAUCCCGCAUCCACCCAAUUUAUAACCAGAUAGGUGAGCUUGAAACUAAAGUGCUCAGCAGAUUACGCAAACUAGGAAUUUUGAGACAAACUGGCUUGAGCGUGGAUGAUCAAGGCAAGUCUCCGAUAUUUAAUGAAUUGAGGAGAGAUGGAAAUAUUCCAAAGGCUAGUAACGAAACGCAUGUCCAAGGCGAGGGACUCGACGCGAUUUCGAAGAACGAAGAAAUUACCGGUGUUGUAGAAACAUAUGUUGGCCUCAAAGAUCUCCCGAUCAAUCUCAUGUCAAAAAAUAAAGCGCUUGUUUUCGACCUCACAACGAAAGAGGGCAGAAAAGAAUGGAAGACCUAUAUCAGCAGAGACAAGUACAGGCAGUUAUCAUGCAGGGAACAGAUUUACGCCCACUAUAACUCACCAGCAGAGUUCUCAACUAGAGUAACUGAAGCGCAGGUAGCGCCUUCAUUUGAAAUGGACCCAUCACUAGAAAAUGUUCCUCUUUAUGACAAGCACGGAAAACCCUUGCGUAGAGUCUGUGUACCCGGGAUUGGUUGGAUUUCUAGGCGCAAAUACCUCGAGCAGCGCGGAUAA